AUGCCUCAAUUCGACAAGGACUUUUCUACCUCUCCGGUAGAAACAAACUUUUCAGGCACAUUCGGCUUGGCGACCCGUACCCCAAACAGCAGUCGCGAACCCAGUGACCCGCCCACAACCAACGGAAAACAUGGUACAUCCCCUACGGUUAGUGCUGCAAAUGCUACCUCAGGCUUAAAUGCAAGAUCAUGCACCACAUGCAGGAAGAGGAAAGUGAAGUGUGAUAAGAGACAUCCAUGCUCAAAUUGCAACAGAGCAGUAAUCGAGUGUAUAUUUCCUGGCCCAGGAAGAGCGCCCAGACGCAGCAGAAAACCGCCCGAUACGGAGCUCUUGGCGAGACUGAGAAGGCUAGAGGGUGUGGUGCAGAGCCUAGGGAAGGGAAUCGAUGAGGAGGCAGAAACUGCGAAUGAGCCGGUUGAGGUCCAAAAGCAGGAAUUCGAGCCAUUACAGCCGAAUGGACCUAGCGAUUUGGAUAUCAAAGAUAUCAAAAUAGCCAAAGAUUGUGGCAUUUUAGGACAGCAUGAGCCCAAUCGUGUCUGUGCGGAGACGGGCAGUUUGAUUAGAGAAUUUGGAAGGCUGAAAGUGGAGAACGGAAAGAGUCGAUAUGUCAGUAACAAAUUCUGGAACAGUCUAAGUGAAGAGGUAGCAGAGAUGCGCGAUAUACUUGACGAUGACACCGAAGACGAAGAGGACUAUCCUUCGCCGGGCUCUGGCUCGUCAGCAUCCGCACAUCAUCAGGGUUUCAUCUUCGGCUUUAGCUCCGCAAUCCGCUCUCUACGCAACUUUCAUCCCCCACCCGAACAAAUCCCAAUAUACUGGGCCGUUUUCAAGGCAAACGUCGACCCGGUGAUCAAGCUCCUCCAUAUUCCCCACUACGAGAAAAUGAUAUCUCAGGCGUCGCUUGACCUCGACCAUGUCAGUAAGCCUAUCGAGGUCCUGAUGUUCACCAUAUACUUUGCUGCAAUUACAACGCUAUCGACUGACGACUGCAUAUUACAAUUGGGCUUGGAGAAGCAAGCUGCGCUUCGAAAGUAUCGAUUUGCAGUUGAGCAAGCUUUAGCGCGCGCCGGAUUCCUCAACACUCAGGAGCUAUUGGUCUUGCAGUCCUUGCUGCUUUUCUUGACAUGUGUCCGCAGAUCUGACGACACACGAUAUGUCUGGACUCUCACAGGUCUUCUCAUUCGUCUUGCCCAGGGUCUCGGUAUCCAUCGCGACGGACAGCGAUUUGGGCUUUCACCAUUUGAAACCGAGAUGCGCAGACGGCUGUGGUGGCAGAUCAGUUCACUCGAUGCGCGUGCUUCAGAAGAUCAAGGCUCUGAUCCCUCCAUUGUCGAGCAGAGCUUCGACACCAAAUUCCCCCUCAAUAUCAACGAUGAGGAAAUUGAUCCCAGUAUGAAAGAGGCUCCCGCGGAACAUGAAGGCGCUACCGAAAUGACUUUCGAUCUCAUCCGAUACUCAAUGGGUAUAACAGUCAGACGUCUUAGCUACGCUCCACCUGGAGAAGGCCGUUGCCAAACAUUGAAUGCUAGCCUUAGUAUCGAGGAUAAAGAACGCAUGAUUGAAGACCUGCACCAAUAUCUCGAGAAAAAGUAUCUCAGCCACUGCGACACGAAUGUCCCUCUCCAUUGGGUCGCAGCGACGGUAGCACGACUCAUUCUCGCCAAGAUGUGGCUUGUGGUGCAUCAUCCUUUUUCAAGAUCAGAUGCUGGUGCAGGCCUCCCACAAGAAACGAAAGACCGGUUGUUCCGCACUUCACUUGAGGUUGUUCAGUUCUCCCGUCUUCUAGAGACUGAAGAUACCACACUGAGAUGGGGCUGGCUUUUCCGCACAUAUGUACAGUGGCAUGCCAUAGCCUUCGUCAUUUCGCAGCUAUGUACUCGGACUAUUGGUCCCGAGGUUGAUAAGGCUUGGAUGGUAAUUGAAGGGGUCUUCGAUGACUGGGGAGGGACCGUUACCUCCAACCAGCGAGGAAUGCUCUGGAAACCGCUGCGGAAGCUCAUGGCAAAGGCAAGAGCCGAGCGGUCGAAAGCCUUGGAGAAGCGAGCUCGAUUCCCACUAGAUGGCUCUCUGGGGCCCGCCACUACACGGUUCAAUCUCGCGCCAGGCCCCAUGUCUACUGGAGACCCUUCGCUAGACUUUUCUACUUUCGAGAUGCCAGGGCCAGUGACUGAUACCCUAUCAGCCACCGCUACGGGCUCGAACGGCCUGAACGGGUUGCAACAGUCAUUUGUGCCUCUGGGUCAACCGCAAUCUACAGAUAGAAUGAAUGGAACGAACAACACAGACCAAUGGAAUUUUGAUCCCAGCAUCUUUGCACAGGAUCGCCUGAUUGAGGAUAAUGAUAUGAAUUGGACUGGUUGGGAUGACAUGAUCAAGGGUUAUCAGCUGGAGAAUCAGAAUGGCCAGAGUCUUCCGACUGGCCCGCAGCAGGACGUGAACUUGAUGAGUUGGUGGUAA